GAUGAUGCUCUCAUUUCAGUGAGCGGUGUCAUGUAUGGCAAUGGCGAUAGGUCAUCGGCGGUCAUUCAAAAUCAGCGUUCAGGCCAAGAUCUGUAACCUUUAUAUCAAGCUGAAGGCCACUCUGAAACUCCCUUCCGGGAAAUUCCAACGCCUCCUAAAGCUUGAUAAACUACUCAUCGAAGUGGAUUCCAAAUCCGUAUCUCGGAUCCUCCUUCAACGGCGACGGACUUUGAAAUCUCGAAUGCUCAGCUUCGUAAAGAAGCAUUUGGGACAUCGCCGAUCUAAAUUCCCACAUGCUGAAUCUAGAUAUCGGUCUUGGCAUGUUGGCCUUCUGGAACGAAGGUGUGUGGCUGCUUUUGGUGUGGGAUUGGGUUAUGUGGUUGUUGCACUCAAGACACAAAUUGAGCUUGCAAAUGCCAUUGGUCCCAGCUUCAGCUCCAUUAUAUGGGUUUACCUGUGUGUAUUUGUUUUAUGGCUCCAGAAAUAUCAAUGCAAAAAGCCUAACAUUUCUAUACAGUCUUUGGAAAGAAAAAAGAAGAAAAGAAGAUGCCCUGUUUCACUGUUUGGAAGACUAAAAAGAAAAGGCCCGAUCAGCCUGUUUACGUUAAACCUGUUAAUACUAAGGAGGAGCACUUGCCAGCCAUUCUCCCUGAGCCCCAACUUGAAACUAGAUCUUUGCAAUCCGCACCACCAAGUUUUAGAACCAGAGUAAAACCUAUUCAACCAGUUAAUAAUAAAGUAUCCAGCAAUAGAGCAAGGGCAUUAUCUGCUCCCUCGUAUCUUGAUGCCGCCGAACAGGAUGCUCUUGGAGCAAUAGAUUAUGAUGCACAUGAUGAACCAAAGCUUUAUAUUGGAUUGAAUAAAGAACAAAAAUCCUCAGGUCCACAACCACUUCCCCUUCCUUCACCUCAGGCUACUGCUUCUUUGAAGAUUUCAGGAAGCUUUAAAUCGGUGACUUCCAGUUCCAGUGGAUCAUUAUAUUCGUCCGGACCCUUGCCAUUGCCUCCUACGGGAUCACUCCGCAACUUCUCAUUUGAAGAAGUAUCGGCUGCUUGCCAUCAUUUUUCUUCCGAUCGGUGCAUGUCAGAAGGUCUCUCAUCCUUUAUAUACAAGGCUUCUUUUGGAGACGAUUCUUCUAGCUUAAGAAAGUUUGAGGCCACUGUUUCGCGUCUUUAUUCAUCAAAUCAGGGAUUAAGGGAAUUUGUCAAUGAAGUCAACACGCUGGCCUCUUUUCAACAUCCUAACCUCUGUAAACUACUUGGCUUCCAUGCACGCGAUGGCUCUGAACAGAGGAUGUUGGUGUAUGAAAGGCUAUUUCAUGGAAGUUUGGACAGGCUUCUAUAUUCGAGGUCUGAAGGACCCCUCAUUGACUGGAAUUCAAGAAUGAAAAUUGCAUUAUGUGCUGCCCAAGGUCUGGCUUUCUUACACGAAGAAGGACCUUUCCAGGCGAUGUACAAUGAAUUUUCGACUGCCAACAUACAGAUUGACAAAGACUUCAGUGCAAAACUUUCUGGAUAUGGUUGUGUUGGACAUAUUCCCGAUCCAGAGAUACCCAACAAUCCAGUGGUUAGUCAACUGAAAUUGAUUGGUGCAAGUCUAUCUGUGGAAACCUUGGAGAGAGGGUUGCUUACUCCUAAGAGCAAUGUCUGGAGUUUUGGAAUUGUUCUUCUGGAACUACUUACUGGUAGGAGGAAUCUUGAUAACCGUCAUCCUAAGGAAGAGCGGAACUUAGUUAAGUGGAGCCGGCCUUUCCUCACCGAUGAUUGUCGACUAUCCCUGAUUAUGGAUCCCCAGCUAAAAGGACGCUUCCCAUCUAAAGCAUCAAGGAUUGUGGCUGACAUAGCACAAAGAUGUCUUCUGAAGGAACCAUCUGAAAGGCCCACGAUGAGAGCAAUUGUUGAACGUCUUAGCAGCAUACAAGACGUAAAGUACUCCUGUCGUUUUCCUUUGCAAGAACCUGCAUCAUUUUCUGGAAAACAGAUUUCAAGGUCUCCGAGCCUUAAUGGCAUCAUCACCCCAGCGCCCAGGAUGAGUUUCUCACCUUCACCUCCUUCAGGUGCACGGCUGUCUGUUUCUCCAUCUUCAUCUAGACGAACCAUGCCAUUAACUCUUCCACCACGUGCUUGUUCCUCGCACUCACUUGAGGAGCUUGACAGACAGGGAAGUCGAAAAUCAUCGUCAUCGGCCUUUCGGCGAACUGGGGUUGAAGGAUUUUGAUUGUGUAUAUGAACUUUUUUCUUAAAAUAUAUAUAUAUAUUUAUUUUUCAACCUUUUUUGGUCAUUCAAACGAAUACAUAAAGGAUAAAUGCAACCCCUGGUGUUGUAGUAGAAGAAAAGGUUUUAGUUAUGUAGAUAUAAUUGGGUUAUGGUGGGAUUGGGAAAAUGCCAUUUUACAGAGAUCUGGUUCGCUUCAUACCA